AUGCCUCACCUAACGCCGGACCCAGACGCAAAUUCACAACAUGCUACAGAGCUCGUGUUCCCUCCAGUUACGAAAGACCAUAUCCAAAACUGCUCAUACGAUAUAUGGUUCCCAAGCUACAGGAGUUCUUGUUUGAAGUCAAGAAUCAUCCCAUUGCCUCAAACUUUUGUGGCAUAUCUACAAGAGGACGGAAUUCUGUUGGCCGACGAAGAUGUCUCUGUUGCACCCGCAGAUCCGGAAUGGCAUUCAUCAGGCGCAAACUCCGACUCCCGAGGCAAGAGAGAUAUGGAUUCUUCAGACGACGAGGACGAAGAUGAGGCACCUAGAUUACCUCCAAAUGAGAGGUUUCCCGAGACACAUAAAAAAAUAAAGGAGACCAUUGAGGAACUCGGCGGAGCCGUUGCUCCCAAACUCAACUGGUCAACCCCCAAGGACGCCAAAUGGGUGUCGCCACAUCAAAACACGUUAAAAUGCACAUCGCCAAACGAUAUAUACCUCUUACUCAAGUCGUCGUCAUUCGUCUCACACGAUUUGGAUCAUGCGUUCGACGGUUGCACACCUGCACCGCCGUCUCGGCCAUUUUCUCCGGUUCUUGUCCUCAGGCCAUUCUUCACACCGCACGUUGCUCUCGAGUUCCGCUGUUUUGUUAAGCAUCGGUCACUUAUUGGCAUUACACAGCGAGACCUGAAUUACUACAACUUUUUGCAGGAUCUUCGCCCACAAAUAUGGAGAAAGAUUAGGUCAUUUUUCAGAGAGAGGAUGAGACUCACAUUUCCAGAUGCCUGCUUCACAUUCGACGUUUACAUGCCUGAGGAUCCUUUGGCAGACGAUGGUUUAGGAAAAGUUCGCCUUAUGGAUAUUAACCCUUGGGCCCCUCGGACGGAUACUUUGCUUUUCUCGUGGCAAGAACUCCUCGACAUGGAAGUCAAGGCUCCGCUAUAUGGCUCGGCCGGAACUGACCAAGCUGUAGACGCUAGUGGGGAUGAGACCGGCACAGAUGAGACGGAUGACGAUACCAACAUCGACUAUGAACCUAAUGCCUUGCCCGAGCUGAGGCUUAUUGAGAAGGACGAUCCUGCGGCUUUCAAUUUCAGUACGCCGCAGUACUCUGCUCAUAAGCUACCAAAAGAGGUCGUAGAUGCCAGUCUCGCGGGUGAGGGGGGCCUUCGGGAGUUCGCCCAACAGUGGAAGGAGAUUACGGAGGGUAGAGCAGAGGGAUUAUGGGGUCAAUAG